CAAAACAAUCAUGAGUCAGGGUAGGAGAGAAUGUAAACAUGAAAGGCACAAAAGCAGUAUAGCAGCAUUAUUCCAACGGUUGUAAUUUCGGUAGCAGCAUUGUAAAAAAGAUAUAGCUCUUCGUCAUGGACAAUCUAUCGUUCGACAUUGAGGAACUGCUUUCGGAUGUGGAGUCACUCAAAAUAUCCGCGCUAACACAUGCAGCGAACAUCACCCCAUUCAUUGAGGGCCGUACCAUCGGAGCCGGUUGCAACCCGGCGAAGAAUGGCGACCAGUCGGAGAGUAACCGCCUCGAUACGGAUCCAUCAGAUCAGGAAAACAUCAAGUAUGCUCCCGAUUUGAAGAUUACGUUCAGCAACCGCGCGGAUUCGGUUGGCAGCUAUCCCAACUCGCGCCAGGUGGGCAUUAGUGAGUGCAGGGCGGUCAGCGUGAGGAUGUACCAGCAGGACGUGGAACGCAAGCGAAUCCAGGAUGUGCAAAAGGAGCUGGCCGAGCGACACGCGAGGGUGCGUGAGGCGGAUCGGUUGAGGGAUUCCCAGCUGGAGGAAAAGCUAAGAAAGGCAGAGUUGGAUGUGGCUAGGAGGAUUCGUGAGAAAGAGCAGAAGCUGUUGGACGAUUUGCGGGAGCAGGAGCGAGUAGCAAACGAGCUCGAGAGGCAACGGUUGGCGGAAAUCGAAUCCGAAAACAAACGCUCGGCGGAAAAGUCGCAGCUGUUGAAGCGACAGGAAGAGGAAAAACGGAGGAAGCUGUCGAUGUUAACGGCUAUCUUCAGUCAUCACACGAAUUUCCACAGCAUGACGGACGAUGUCACCAAGAUGCUUGCGGCUGUGGAUAAAGAUUACGCGAAUAAUUUCUCCAAAGAGAAGAAAGUGGUGCAAGCGCUGGUAAGAUCGUUCGAGCAGUUGCUUCACGGCGUGAACAUCAAUCGGGAAGCCACCCAGCCCGAUGUGGACAAAGCGGGGGAGUUAUGUAAGUAUAUGGAGAAAACAAUCGCGGAAGUGGCGGAAAUGAUGAGCCGCAUACAGGCGGAAAUCGCCGAGAGGGUGAAGAAGGAGGCAGAGCAACAGACUCAGGCGGCACAGAAACAAGAGCAGGGGCAGCAACAGCAGUCGGUGGCGGUAGCAGCGGUUCCAGCUACCCAGGAUACGACUGACACCUCCGCAGUUCCUAAGGCUACCCAACAAAUAUCGAGUCAACCGCAUCCGUUAGCCGCUUUCGUAUCCCAAGAAAGUUUAGCCUUUUAUAUGGGGAUCAAGUCAUUCUACGAACAGCACCAAACGGCAGUGAAGGCCCUGCUGGAAGAUGCUUCCAUGAAGGCGUAUCGCUUCAACUGUCAGAAGGUUAUUAACACGCCGGUAAAUGCGAUUUCCGUCGUGAGUAGGGAGCAUUUCGUGGAUAAGUUCAAUAAGUUGGAUGCGCUGCUUGGCGGGCAGUCAAUCAAAAUAGGAGAUACAGCCGUUUCCAUCAACGGACAUCCGCUGGGAAGAGUUUACUGCACCAUGCUGUUGGCGAAGAAAUUUGUUAGUCAAGCAGAUACAAUGAUUUCGAGCAACGCACCCGCCGCCUUCCCGAUUGCCGCCAUCGUCGUUGGCCUCUGGCAAAAGUAUCCCGACUUUGGGAAGUUCUUUCUCGCUUACCUGCAUAAAGAAUGCCCUUAUUUGGUGCCGUACUUCCUGCCCCAACUUGAGGGUCAAACACAAGACGACUACUUGAAGGGCAUCGGUUACAGAUUCUCCAGUGAAGGGGUGCUGGAAAAGCAGGACCAGUACCUGAAGAGGAUGACCGGCUUGGCGAGACUGUAUGCCGCCGUGAUUGUGUCCAAUCCGAGGCGAGGCGAAAGUGCUCCCCAUCCGCAUGGUCUCGAAUAUGGGUGGAAGUGGUUAUGCAACAUCCUGAACCUUGGUCCGCUGCCCGAUAUAUGCGCUACGCUUAUAACCGAGAUGCUGCAAACGACUGGAGGAAUGCUGUGGGCCACCUAUGGGAAGCAAUUUGUGAAACUUCUGCGGCUAAUGCAGGAGCAGUAUUUGCCGGCGCUGAAAAAAGUGGACGAAGGAGGACCGAAGGCGCGUCUGGAAGGGUUGGUUGGGAAAAUAGCUUCCGAAGGACGCAUCGAUCGACCCGAAGGGAUGUUCAGUCCCGACUUCUGGUGAUGAUGAUGAUGGUCCAGCCACCUUCCGCUACGGAGGCUUGAGCAAGACAAGUUCUUUAGAAGAUAAUGUAUUUUCCUCGGCUUUGAAAUCAGUUUAAUAAAGCAAAAACGAACUGAUUUUACAUUAAGAUAUAAAUUCAAAAAUGUUAUUUUAUUGCAUUAUAAAAGGACAAGCCAAUAUUCAGUCUUGUUCGCCACAAAGCCGACACGGUUCCGACAAAGCCCUUGCAGCCAACUGGUCCACCAAAGCAUGAGUCUAGCCGCCAGCCUAGUUUUGAAUAGACAAUGAGUAUCUCCAUCCAUAAACUAAUACAUAAAGAACAACAAAAUUAAAAAAAAAAUAUCGUUUAUCAUCACAAAGAUUAUGACAGACCAAAUACUGAAAAAUACAAAUAUAAAAAAAGUAGAAGGGUUUGAGCCAGGGGCACGGACGGAAAUUUGACGUAGGAUCGUGAUUGUUCAGAACACUUUGUUAAAUCAAAUCUAAUUCUUUUCAUUGUUCAGAAAUCUGUUAGUUUAACUCUUUUGAAACUCUAAAUAGUAGCCCUGAAAAGGGCUGUUUGUUGUAUGUACUCAUUAACUUCAAACGGUUUGUAAGGAACAAAGAAAGACAGAAAGCUUCCUGCAGGAAGUUUGACUGUCUAACUGGAAAUUAUGAUGAAUAUCAGUAGGACACAUGGCAGGGUGGAAUGGUAGAUGAAAUAUAUGUGAAUCGGUAAACAAAACAAAU